AUGGCUGCUCCAUUGGGUGGGAUUAAAAAAGGACGUAAAGGAAGAGCCUCGUCCAUUCCUCUGACCACAUCCUCUUGUUUGUCCUGUGAUGUACCGGAAGCUGAGGCGCUAAGCUUUUGCUCUGUCUUCGUUACAUAUUCGGCCUGUCGCUCGGGUAGUUCUUGGAAAGAAAUGGAUACGAUUGCGAAGAAACAGUAUGAUCACGUGGUAAACAAGACCAAAAAUAUCGACAGUUAUUGUGAGACAACACUAAAAAGGACUCAAUGUCUUGGAGUCUUUAAUGUCUGUGAAAUGGGAACACCUGAGACUUUAUGUCUCAAUAGCUGUACACAAGCAAUCGAAAUGGACUGCACCUCGACGUUAAUACUGGAAACUGUACAGGAAGCAGCUUGUGGUAAUGAAAAGGAGCCACUAAAAGGUGUGAGUGACCAAGGAAAAUGUUUUGAUGUGGAUGAUACUGGACCGGAAAAAACCAUUUGGGUCAUUGGAUUCAGUAUUGCAGUGGUCUUUUCUUUUCUAGCAAGUGUCGGUAUCAAUUUGCAAAAGAAGGCGUUGAAGCAGAACGAGCUCGUGGCCAAACCAAAACCAGCGUAUCGAUUACCGUUGUGGACGCUCGGAUUCGUGCUUUGUGUGGUCGGGUCCGUAUUGGACUUUGUAGCUUUUGGGCUGGCACCGCAGAGUUUAUUGGCCCCAUUGGCAGCGUUGACGCUCGUGUGGAAUAUGGUACUUGCACCCUGUUUCAACAAAGAAAAACUCAGCAAGAAAGAUAUCAUGUCGACGUUGAUUAUUUUUGCGGGAGCUACCAUUUCGGUCGUCUUUGCGUCCCACACGUCUCCGUCAUACAACCUCGACAUGCUCAUGCAACUAUACAAAGACCCAGUCACCAUCAUCUACUUUUGCGUGGUCUUUCUAGCGAUAGUUGCCAACUUUGUGGCUAUCAAGAUUGUUGAUGGAUUAUGCUUGAUGAGCAGACGACACCGGAUUAUUCAAGUAGGCACACCAGCCAGAUGGGCGACUAUACGUCUUGUUGGCUAUGCUGGUCUCGCUGGCAUCUUAGGAGGCCAGUCAGUGCUCUUUGCCAAGUCGUUGGCUGAGCUGCUGAAGGGCGUAUUGCACGGCGAUGCCAGCUGCUUCGGGCAUUAUCAGUCGUACCUCAUUGCGCUGGCACUGAUUGUGUGUCUAUGUCUGCAGAUCAAGUAUUUGAAUGGUGGGUUGGUUCAUUACGAUGCACUGUCGAUGGUUCCCAUCUAUCAAGCCUACUGGGUUAUUAGCGGCGUGCUUGGCGGUGUUAUCUACUUCCAGGAGAUUCGCACUUUCUCGGUCUUGCAAGUAGUCAUGUUUGUACUGGGAAUCGCCAUUAGCAUUUUUGGCGUCAUUCUUCUCUCGCGUCGCAAACACGCCCCAUCAACUGUAACCAGCAAGGGCGAGAUAGAACGUGGUUUUAGCUUUACAAUGUUAUUAGAGCCCCCGAAGGGCUUGGAUUCAACCUCAUCACGCGUCUCCGAUGGCGUCUCUGCCGAUGCUGCUGUUGUGGAGCAGGAAGAAACAAGACGUACGAAUACCUCCCGGGAUAUGCUCUCGUACAUCAUUGAAGCUCUAAAUGAAGAAAGCGCAACCGAUUCGGACGGCGACGAUAGCGGUCGUGACCGGCGCAGUGGAAACGAAGUUUCAACACACGUUAAUCGCCAGGCAAUUGACAAUUAUCUGGACAUGUCCACGACUGUGGGUCUAUCAGAAUUUCUAGGCAGUUUGGGCUUUCAGCGCUCGCAAGAGAGCAGACGCAUGUCAAGUCGCCCCUCACGACGACCGAUUUGUCGAAGCGUUGACGAUAUUGAGGUGGGAUUACCAGCUACUACACGUGACGCCAUUUCACGCGAGUUGAUAUUCAAACCAGUAUCGAAUGUGAGACCUGCUUCAUUAAGGGACAAGAAGGAUAAGGAUGCAUCACCUAGGAAUUCGAUCUAG